UUGUCUUUGAAACCAAGUUUAUGACUUUGCAACAGCAUCAAGACAAAGAAACGUCACACGUUGUCCUUCGGAUCUACAGCUCCUUUACUCCACUCUUCGUUUCACUUCAGAAUUGCCUCAUUUAUAAGCAGUUUGCAGCUCGACUGACGUCAAUGGAGCGGUGUGUGAUGUAUAUAACCAUUGAGCUCCAGGAGAUCCACUCCACUCCAGCCUUUCUGCAAACUCUCUUCCUUACAAGUACUUUUAAAGCAACAGAAGACGACAGAGAAGCGCGCUGCUGUGUCCAGCAUGAAGCCCGUCCCUUUGGUCCUGCUCAUUACUUCAGUUUUACUGACCACACACGUCCCGCUGAGCACCUGUCGACCCCGCGAUCUGAGCCUAAUAAACAACCAGCUAGACGAUGUGCUCUUAAACGGGGCUGGAGACGACGCCAUGUACUACUUCCUUCUCUACUUGCAAAGAAAUCUCGGAGCGCAGAAGGCAGCCGGUGUCCUGCAUCUCCCGCGCUUCCCCACGUCACAGCUGCGCUCUCCUCACAGGGACAACAGCUUAGAGGAGCUCACGGAGUUUACCAAACGGAACGACAAUCCUCCGAUCUCCAUCGACCUCACCUUCCAUCUGCUGAGAAACAUGAUCGAAAUGGCGCGGAACGAGAAUCAAAGGGAACAGGCGGAACUAAACCGUAAAUAUCUAGAUGAGGCUGGGAAGUAGAUGUAGCUCAAUGAUGAUGCUUUCAAUCGGCGAGUAAAGAACAAGCUCAAUGCACUUUUUCACAGCCCCAAACUCUCGCUAAACAUAUGACUUUUACCACUGCUUCCUGCUCGAGCCACACUCUUAGAAAUAAAGGUUCUUCAGUGGUUCCUUGCCGCUGCAAAUAACCUCCUUCUCGUUCUUGAGUUAGCUGAGGUUCCUUGAAUAUGAAAAAUAUAGGUUCUUCAGAUGAUGCUAUUGGAUUUUGAGUUCCUACAGGAAAAAAAAAAGAAAAAAGUUCUUCAAAAAGGUCACUUGUGACACCAAGGUUAUGUGUAACCUUUAUUUUUAAGAGUGGCAUCUAUAUGUUCACAUGAAGAGUUUUUGGUGACCUGCUGCUGUCUCCAUCACUCCUGGACCAUUUCAAAACCAGGAACCAAGAGCCACAACAGACCUACCAGGACCUCAAAACACUGCCCACAGCAAAUGAUCUGUCAGGCUGGUUCACUUAACCAAAUCAAGAAACCAAUCAAACUA